AUGAGUCUUUCCUUCGCUACAAAAAACAUCCAAAUAAAUGGAACCCCCUAUAGAAUCUUGUUGCAAAAUGACAAUGGACCAUGUGCGCUAGUGGCGCUAGCAAAUGUUCUGCUGUUGUCACCGAGUCAUCAGAGGAAAGCCCAAGAGCUGGUACGUUUGGUGGAUAGCGGGCGUACAAUAGCACUUGCUGAUCUUGUUACAGUACUGGCUAAUAUCGGAAUCCAGACCCAGAGUGGCGCCAACACAGAUAUCAAUCAACUUCUUCAAGUAUUGCCUCAACUACACACUGGCUUAAGUGUCAACCCCAGAUUCAACGGAACAUUUGACGAUGGAAUGGAAAUGGCCAUCUUUAGGUUAUACAAUGUUUCGCUCGUUCACGGAUGGAUUAUAGGAGACGAUAACGAUCCUAUUGCACAUGAUCAUGUGUCUAAGUAUUCUUACGAGGAUGCGCAACGAGUGCUUGUGCAAUCGUAUGAUAUCAAGAGAAACAAUUUACAGGUAAAUGACGGUGAACAAGUUCUGGAGGAUGCCACCUAUCUAAAAUCUUUUUUGGCAAGAUCUGCAACCCAAUUGACUGAUUACGGUCUGAGGCACCUUAAGGAGAUACUGGUUGAGAAAUCAUUUGCCAUAUUAUUCAGGAAUGACCAUUUUUCUACCAUUUACAAGAAUAAUGGCGAGCUUUUUACUCUAGUCACUGACUUUGGAUUCAAGGAUCGUAGGGAUAUUGUGUGGCAAGCUUUGAAAUCUGUCCAUGGCUCACAAGAUGCAUUUUACACCGGUAAUUUCAUCCCAAUCAGUUUGGAAACUGAUACUCCAAGCAUGCAACAAACUGCGUCGUUCGUUUCAAAUCCAUUCAGUGAUCAGAAUGAAAACAAUAAUAAUCCUGAAGACAGGCGUAUAAACUCGUAUCAGCAAAUUGAGAAUGAUGAAGAGCUCGCUAGAAGACUUCAAGAGGAAGAGGACAGAGACGCCGCAGGAAGUAUACAAAGAAAUUAUAACAGGUUUCCAAAAAAUCCCAAAAGUGGCAAGAAAACAGAUGCUGCCAAUUCAAAUGGUCAAAAGAGAAGAAGCAAAAGGGAUAAAUUAAAACAAAAAUGUAUUGUAAUGUAA